AUGUAUAGUGUGCAGAAAGAAUCAAAUUUUCGGCCCACUAGUCCAAGAGAAAUUCGGCAAUUCUACGCUUUACAUUUUAUGAUGGGUAUAUUGAAGUUUCCACGGGUAGCAAUGUUCUGGGAGAAAGGUACAACAUUGCCCAUUUUCACUAGUAAUAUGACACGAAAUCGUUUUUAUGCGCUACGAACACAUUUGCAUUUAGUGGAUACUUAUCUGCCCCCAAAAAACAAUGAAAAACUUCAUCGAGUGAGACCAAUUAUGGAUGCGAUUCGGAAGCGAUUAUUGGAGCACCAGUUGGAGGAAACCCUUUGCGUUGAAAAACAGAUUAUACAAUUUACAGGGCACAUGGGAAUGAAGCAGUAUAUACGUGGUAAACCUUGUCCAUGGGGAAUAAAACUCUAUGUGCUUUGUGGAAAAAGUGGAAUGUUGUAUGAUUUCAUUGCUUAUCAGGGCUCAUCCACUGAAAUUGAACCAAGCCUUAUCAACAAACAUGGUUUUAAUGCUUCCAUCACAUUACAGCUGCUAAAAAGAGUGCCCCAAGAUUCAACUGGUCACCAAGUUUACACAGAUAAUUUCUUCACCACGUAUUCUCUACUUGAAAUUUUGGAGAAAAGGAAAAUUCUAGCAGCUGGCACAAUUCGUAUAAACCGCUUUCGGAACCCACCACUCUCCACAGAUGCUGUAAUGUGA